ACAAAAUGCAAUUGGGUACAUUCUUUCAGUCGUAAAAUACCUUCAGUUUCUUCUCUUCAAAAAAUCCCCAGCUUUUUCUCCUUUCCCGUCUCCUCAUCUGUCGGGCAUCUUUCUUCUCCGGCGAUGGCAUCCUCGGCGACGGAAGAUAACUUCUACAUGGCAAAGCUUGCCGAGCAGGCGGAACGCUACGAGGAGAUGGUAGACUUCAUGGAGAAGGUAGUCAACUCUCUCCCUGAGGGCGUCGAGCUCUCAAUCGAAGAGCGCAACCUACUCUCGGUAGCCUACAAGAAUGUCGUUGGCGCUCGCCGGGCUUCGUGGCGCAUCGUUUCAUCGAUUGAGCAGAAAGAAGAAGGCCGCGGUGCGAGCGAUCGCGCCGCCGCUGCCCGCGAUUAUCGGUCGAAGAUCGAGGCCGAGCUUUCUUCGAUUUGCACUGGGAUCCUUCGUUUACUUGAAUCGCGACUAGUUUCAUCCGUCUCCAAUGCGGAGUCCAAGGUUUUUUAUCAUAAAAUGAAAGGCGAUUACCAUCGCUAUCUCGCGGAGUUCAAGACUGGCGAUGAGAGAAAGGAAGCUGCUGAGAAUACGCUUUCUUCUUAUAAGGCCGCCCAGGAGAUUGCUGCGGCAGAAUUGCCCUCGACGCAUCCGAUCCGGCUUGGUCUCGCGUUAAAUUUUUCUGUAUUCUACUACGAGAUAUUGAAUUCUCCUGAGAGGGCCUGCAACAUGGCUAAGCAGGCAUUUGACGAAGCUAUCGCAGAACUGGAUUCCCUUGGAGAGGAAUCUUACAAAGACAGUACUCUUAUAAUGCAGCUCCUUCGUGAUAAUCUCACCCUGUGGACCUCUGAUAUGCAGGAUGAAGGGGCUGAUGAUGUGAAGGAGGCCUCAAAGCCUGCUAAUGAAUAAUAGCAGAGAACUGUGGGUCCUGGAUUCCUGCAUUUGCUUUCCAGGCCUUCAUCAGUUCUGUUUUUUUAUGGCUCCUCAUGGUCUCAACUGUUUUUUUUUUCUUCUUUUUUUUAGCGGCCUUUAUUCUGUUUGGCUUGUUUUUGGUGCCGUCGCGGGAAAAAAGCGUUAAUAAUUAUUUCUGCUUUUAGGAAACCUUUAGUUUAAAAUUUUAGGACCUAAAUUUGACAUUAUUAUUAUCUUAUUUUAUUUUGCA